CCGCUCCUCUCGGCCUCUCAAAGUGUUGGGAUUACAGGCGUGAGCCACCGCGCCCGGCCUGCCAGUGUUUUUCAGAGCGGCAUCCCAGUACCACCAGAAUCAGAAUCACCAGUCAAAGGUAAAAAUGUCAAUUCAGACCAAGUACAUCCCCUGAAGAAUUUUCAGCCUAGGGCUUUAAGAUGGCUUUCUUAAGAGGCGCGCGUAACCCAGUCUUCCUGCUCUGGCGCUGCGACCGCGGGGGCGCGAGUGGGCUCCGCCGCGUCCCGGCCCCGCCCCAUCCUGCCCUACAACUCCCGGCCUCGCUCCACCCCUCCCGGCCUCCUGCCGCAAUCUUGGCGGGAAGGCGCCGGACGCUAAGAAGCCGAAAGAUGUCCGGGUCGGGCGCGGCGGCUGAGAAGGCGGACCCCAGACAGCGACCCCAGAUGAAGGUAAAUGAAUAUAAAGAAAAUCAAAACAUCGCUUAUGUGUCUCUGAAACCAGUACAGACUACAGUUUCAAUAAAAACAGCUACAGUCUAUCUUACCCCCUUUUCCCUCAGUAAUUAUCAGCUAGACCAGCUUAUGUGCCCCAAAUCCCUAUUAGAAAAGAAUUCUAACAAUGAAGUGGCCUGUAAGAAGACUAAAAUAAAGAAAACUUGCAGGAGGAUUAUACCUCCAAAGAUGAAAACCACAUCUUCCAAGGCAGAAUCCACACUGCAAAAUCCAUCCUCAGCUGUUCAUACUGAAAGUAACAAGCUACAACACGAGAGAACGACAGAUGCGAUGAAUCUCGGUGUUGAUAUGGAAAGUAGUCAGGAUGGAGACAGUGAUGAAGAUACCACACCAGGCCUGGAUGAUUUUUCAGGAUUGUCACCCUACGAAAGGAAGAGACUGAAGAACAUAUCAGAAAAUGCAAACUUUUUUGCUUCUCUUCAGUUGUCUGAGUCUGCUGCAAGACUCCGUGAAAUGAUAAAGAAGAGACAGCCUCCUAUAUCCAAGAGGCUUUCUCUUCUUCUCCUUUCCGUCUCUUUCUACCUAAAUAAAAUCACCUUUCUGCAACAACAACAGCAACAACAAACUACUAAUCCUUUGUUACCUCCUGGGCCUUUAGAAAUGACUUCUGAAAAUCAAGAUGACAACAGUGAAGGACUUAAAGGAUUUCUGCGGACAUGGGCAGGAAUGAGCAAGCCAAGUAGUAAGAACACUGAGAAGGAGUUAUCUAGCAUUAAAAGCUACAAAGCCAAUUUAAAUGGCAUGGUCAUUAGUGAAGAUACUGUUUACAAAGUUACCACAGGCCCAAUAUUCUCUAUGGCUCUCCACCCAUCAGAAACUAGAACUUUGGUAGCAGUUGGGGCCAAAUUUGGGCAAGUUGGACUUUGCGAUUUGACCCAGCAACCUAAAGAAGAUGGAGUUUAUGUUUUUCAUCCCCAUAGUCAGCCAGUUAGCUGUCUUUACUUUUCACCUGCCAAUCCGGCCCACAUACUGUCACUAAGCUAUGAUGGCACGUUACGCUGCGGGGAUUUUUCCAGGGCUGUUUUUGAAGAGGUGUAUAGAAAUGAAAGAAGUAGCUUUUCCUCCUUCGACUUCUUGGCAGAAGAUGCUUCCACUUUAAUAGUAGGACACUGGGAUGGAAAGAUGUCACUGGUGGAUAGGCGGACACCUGGAACUUCUUAUGAGAAACUUAUCGGUUCUUCUAUGGGAAAAAUAAGAACUGUUCAUGUCCACCCGGUGCAUAGACAGUAUUUUAUCACUGCCGGAUUGAGGGAUAUUCAUAUUUAUGAUGCAAGGCACCUGAAUUGCAGGGGAAGUCAGCCUUUGAUUUCUUUGACUGAACAUACAAAGAGCAUUGCUUCUGCCUAUUUUUCACCUCUUACUGGUAACAGAGUGGUGACCACAUGUGCUGAUUGUAAUCUGAGAAUUUUUGACAGCAGCUGUAUAUCUUCUAACAUUCCUCUCCUCACCACCAUCAGGCACAAUACUUUCACUGGGCGAUGGCUGACCAGGUUCCAAGCCAUGUGGGAUCCUAAACAAGAAGACUGCAUCAUAGUUGGCAGCAUGGCCCGUCCACGACGGAUAGAAAUCUUCCAUGAGACAGGAAAGAGGGUGCAUUCUUUUGGUGGAGAAUGCCUUGUCUCUGUGUGUUCCAUCAAUGCCAUGCACCCAACUCGGUAUAUUUUGGCUGGAGGUAAUUCCAGUGGGAAGAUACAUGCUUUUAUGAAUUAAAAAAGCUGCCGAGUUUUUGGUUUAAGAACAUCAGUUUGUUCAAAUUGACCACUGUCUAAGGAACCUAGUAAUUGGCAUAGCUUAGUGUGUUUACUUGGUAAUGUGUUAGAUUUAGGAAAUAUAAAAUUGUUUUAUUAAUAAAACUAUAAGAAGGGUUUACUUUUAGUAAGGGAGAAGUCUUGGAGGUUACUUCUGUAGGAUGGGGAGGGAAUGUGAGGGGAGGCUGAAGUGCCUUCAGCACUUUUUUUUUUUUUUUUUGAGAUGGAGUUUUGCUCUUGUUGCCCAGUCUGGAGUGCAAUGGCACAAUCUUGGCUCACUGCAACCUUCGUCUCCUGGGUUCAAGUGAUUCUCUUGCCUCAGCCUACCGUGUAGCUGGGAUUAUAGGCACCCUCCAACAUACCUGGCUAAUUUUUGUAUUUUUAGUGGAGACAGGGUUUCACCAUGUUGGCCAGGCUGGUCUAGAAAUCCUGACCUCAGGUGAGCCACCCAUCUUGGCCUCCCAAAGUACUGGGAUUACACACCUAGAGCCAUCAGCACUUUUAAUCAAGACAGUAUGUUGAGAAAUUCUAACAUUAUAAAUUAUAAAGCUUUGACUAUUAUUAAAAGUUUUUAUGAGUUAAUGAUAUGGUUUUGAUUCUGUAGUGAUACAUGGAUUUGUGAUCUUUUUUAUAGUUUGGAAUGAAUACUUAUUUCUAGACUCACACUGGAAGGGGGCCUGGAAAGGUAAUCUAACUCAGUGAUUUUGAAACUUGAUUUUUUUUUUUAACUGAGAACUUUUUUUUGCCACCCUCCCUGUAGGUUAAAUCUUAUGUGAAAUGCCAAGAUAACUGCUAAGCAGCUUUGGUUUACCCAGGGCAGGGUCUGGGUCUCUCUGUGCUUUCCUUUCCCCUUCCUCUAGAUGGCUCCUGAGACACAGCCAGGACUCCCAGGCACAGGGUGUGGAUCUGCCCUGGUCCCUGCAUUCCAGUGUAGAAUUGCCUCAGACCUGUGUUUUUCAGACUGUGGGUUUUUGCUCUUCACAUGAAAUCAGUUAAAUGACAAUGACUGGUGUUGAAAAAAAUGAAAAGGAAAUAAUUUGUAAAGAACAGAAAACAUAUUUGAGUAAGUAUUGUUUUGUAAAACUUAUAUAUGCAUAUAUAUUUGUAGGUAUAUAUGUUUAUGUAUAUUCUGAUGUUAAAAAAAAUAUAUUUUUAAUUACUGUAGUACCAUGGGUAAUGGUUCAAGAAGCGAAAGCUACUGCUUAGAAUGUCCCAGUCUUACUUGUCCCCAUCUUUAAACUCUCCAAAGGAUAUUCAAUAGUGUUAAGUGAAUACCUUCAUUCUUAUUCAUAUUUGGGUAUACUUUUGGUAUUUCUUUCAUCAAAAUAUUUUCUUUUCAGAAGUGAUGGUAAUUUCAAUGUGUUGUUGGGAGGGGAGCUGCCAGAUCAGUUACUUAUAUUACUGUGUGACAUCUAUCCAACUUUUUUGGUACUUUUAAAUUUCCAGAUACUACUGAAAGACUUGUAAAUGGCUUUGGCAAUAUGUUUGACUUCUAAGAGGAAAACAGUUCUCAACUUUCUAGUUGAUGUAAGUAGGGGAAUUGACAAGUGAGAUGGAAAUGUUAAUUUAUAAAGGGAAAGUAAAGCUAGGUGAGGUUGAAUUAUAAUUAUACUGUUCAGGAAACACUGUAAAGGCUUUAGGCUACCUUUCUCAUUUCUAUGCCAGUUAAUUUCCUGGGUUCUAGAAUGGUUAGUUCUAUGGGAAUUGUGUUUUUUAAUUUUUUCUUUUUAAGAUGAUGAAAACUACUCUCAAAUUAGUACCAUCAUUUAAGCUUUGAAUACCUGGCGGUAAUUGCCUGGACUCUUCAAUAAACAUUAGCAAAUUCUUGAUGUUUCUCACUUUUGUGGUUUCUUUUGAGAUUGUAGUUUCAUAAACAGUGCUAUUUACAUUGUUUCACUUUAUAGAGUUAUCUUGAGGCAAUGCAGGAAGGAAGGGGAAUGAGUAGGGACUUGUUUCUUUUUUUUUUUUUUUUUUGGUGAUCAGCUUUUAACGGAGUAAUUGUUUAAAUCUAGACAGCACAUAAAAUUGUCUCCCUUGGGACAUCCUUACAGUGUAAUCUGUAGUGCAAGGCACUUUUCCCAGAGACUUGCUUACAGCUGUGGCUUCUGUAAUUGCGUGUGUAUUAUGAUUGCUCCCUUCAGGAUAAAGGUUUUCUGUAAGUUUGGCUUUUAUGUUAUCUCUUAAGCCCUGAAUUCCACUUGAUGGAAUGUAA